CCCCACUGAAGAAGAAGAAGACGUGAUGAAUACAUCCCUGGUUUGUGGAUUGCAGUAGCACGUCGGACAUUACGCAGUAAUUGUAUAAUUAUCCGACCUUGCGCUGAUCUUGACUGUUUAGGAGCAUACAGUCUAGUACCGCAGUUUAACAAUGUUUGCAGUCAGGAGUGCAUUCCGCCUGGGAGCAAGAAUCACUGCGGUUUCAAGACGAGGAUGCGCUGCGGGUCUUCCAGUGGAUGAUGUCGUCAACGGGCUUACUGAGGAGCAGAUACAGCUCCGACAGACAAUCCGGAGGUUCCUAGCAGAGAAGCUGGCACCCGUUGCCAAUGAGAUUGACAAGAGCAACGAAUUUGUUGGGAUGCGGGACUUCUGGAAGGACAUGGGUGACAUGGGACUUCUGGGUAUCACUGCCCCGUUGGAUUAUGGCGGUUCAGGAUUGGGUUACCUAGAUCAUGUGAUUGUGAUGGAGGAAAUGUCGCGAGUGUCAGCAGCUGUUGCCCUCAGCUACGGGGCACACUCAAACCUCUGUGUCAAUCAGAUGGUGCGCCAUGGCAACACGAAGCAGAAGGACAAGUACAUGGCCAAGCUCAUUACAGGAGAGCACGUGGGUGCCUUGGCAAUGAGUGAGCCCAACGCCGGAUCCGAUGUGGUGUCCAUGAAACUGAAGGCCAAGAAAGAAGGUGACCACUACAUUCUUAACGGCGGAAAGUUCUGGAUCACCAACGGGCCAGAUGCCGACGUUCUCAUUGUGUACGCUAAGACAGACCCAGAGGCUCAACAAAAGGGUAUCACAGCUUUCAUUGUGGAGAAGGGUAUGCCAGGGUUUAGCACGGCACAGAAGCUGGAUAAACUGGGAAUGAGGGGAUCCAACACUUGUGAACUUAUCUUUGAGGACUGCAAGAUUCCAGAGGAGAAUAUCUUGGGCCCUCUCAACAAGGGUGUCUAUGUGAUGAUGAGUGGACUUGACCUGGAGAGACUUGUGCUCGCAGCAGGACCUGUCGGCAUUAUGCAGUCUGUGAUGGACUUUUCCGUUCCCUACCUGCACGUUAGAGAAGCUUUCGGACAGAAGAUUGGACACUUCCAGUUGAUGCAAGCCAAGAUGGCCGACAUGUACACACGGCUUGGUGCCUGUAGACAGUAUUUGUAUAACGUGGCACGAGCCUGUGACAAGGGACACUUCAGUUCCAUGGACUGUGCUGGGGUCAUUCUUUAUUGUGCUGAGAAUGCCACUCAAGUCGCUCUGGAUGGAAUUCAGUGCCUGGGUGGCAACGGCUACAUUAAUGAUUACCCCAUGGGCCGUUUCCUGAGGGACGCCAAGCUGUACGAGAUUGGAGCAGGCACCAGCGAAGUGCGCAGGCUCAUCAUUGGUCGAGCCUUCAACGCCAUGUACAAGUAGACUUCGUCAUGUACAAGUAGGCUUCGUCAAUAACAAGUGGGCUUCGUCAUGUACAAGUAGGCCUUGAAAGCUGAAGAGAAGCAAAGCACACACUGGAUCACGACACCCAAAGGCCUUACACGAAAUACCACUAUACACUCUUAGAAAAAAAGGGCUUUUCGCCUGUCCUUGUGUAGGAGAACCAUGUAUUGAUUCCAGGUAGAACGCUUUCACCCAAUGAAGAACCCUUUGGUGAAAAGUUUCCACCUGGGACCAAAAAGGGUUCUCCUACAGGGACAGCCGAAGAACACUUUAUGGUUCAGCAUAUCAGCUUUCUUUAAAGAUGUAGUCACGGACAACAAGCACCAGAGGAGCACCAUUGUUCAAGGUCCAAGAUUGAUGAUUCGUCUGGUGUGGACUUGGAUCUCUGCCUCCAGUGUUUUAGAUACGAUGAGUAGUCUAGUUCGUCUGGCAUCAACCCAAUGAAGCUGUAUUUAUCAUACAAUAAAAUAUUAGGAAAUGUUGUUAAAAGGAACAGUUGUAUCAUUUAUUUAGGGCAUUUUACCUUGAAUAGGGUUUCAUUGAUUCUACCCUGUAGUAAAAUGACCUUAGUCUGUCUGAAUAGUGGAGAGAUCCAGUGGUGUGUCUGACACUGAACCAUACAGUACGCUCUGUGAUGCAAGCAACAGCAUUUCAAACGUGUCAAACUUCAGAUUAAUAUAUCCCCCUUCCAUUAGUUGUUGCCUUCCAUUGGUGUUUCCUGGGUACAUAGCUAUGCACACAAGUGGCUACAAUUAACGACUUUUAAAAUUAGCGUUAUCUUUUUAUUGUGUUGUCACGCUCUCUUUUUUUCAAAGUAUUUGUAAACAACUUUCCAUUUACCUCAGUGGUGUUGAGCUGUGUAGAAAAUCCUCUCGAAUGAAUGUAAAGUGAAGAUAGUCAGCAAAACCAAUGUACUUGUACUGAACCAUGAUAUUUCCAUUAUACGAAAUAAUUUUUCACGUUUAAGAGCAAACAUAUUCAAUGGUUAAAUCAACUAAAAAUUGUCUGACGGGGAUAAAGAUUUGUUCACUCAUCAAAUCAGCGAGAUUUGGUUAAUUCCUCAAGUGUGUCAAACUGUAAGUAUCCAAGUUGGUUGGUUGUUUCCUGUUUGUGUAGAAUAAAAAAUGACUUGGAAUUUGCA